AUGCCACCGCAGCCGCCCACAGCGAGCGCCUCCAUGCCACCACAGCCGCCGAACCGGGUUCAACAUGCCACCUCACUCCCCCCCAGCUACUAUGCCGCCCGGGCUCAGAAGCGCCACGCCAGGUCCAAGCGCUCUGAUAAGUCGCACUCACGCAAGCAUGUCAAAAUUGAGCCCCCCACGCCUGCCCCGGUCAAGAGUGCGGAGCGGCAGCAGGAGGAAGAAGGUCAAGAAGAAGAAGGCCAUGAUUUGUCCGAGGUCUUUGUCCCCUAUCGACCCCAAGAGACGGGUUGGGGCAAGCCGCAUCCAGCGCAAAUUGUUGAGCCAGCCUCGUUGGCCUCCGUCCACUUGCCAAAGGCCACCUAUCCCUUGCGCAAGUCACUUCCUGCCUCGGUGAUUGAUGAUGGCAAGCUGUCGGCCCUUCAGCUCGAGGGUGUCAUGUAUGCGUGUAUGCAACAUGAGCGUAUCCUACCCAACGGCUAUCGCCGUGCCAUCCUGAUAGGCGACGGUGCCGGUGUUGGCAAAGGGCGCCAGAUUGCAGGCAUUCUAUUUGAGAAUUUAUUGCACGAGCGCAAGCGACAUAUUUGGUUCUCUAUAUCCACGGACCUUUGUGCUGAUGCCGAACGUGACCUGCGUGAUAUUGGGUGCCAAGUCAACGUGAUUGAUGGCUGCCAGGAGUUGGACAAGAUGACAGAGCUGCCAGACGGCGUUCUCUUCUCAACCUACGCCACCCUCGUAUCGCCGGGCUCGCGCUUUUCCGCAGAAUCUCGUUACGAGCAGCUUGUACAGUGGUGUGGCCCCGAAUUUGAUGGCUGCAUCGUUUUUGAUGAGUGCCACAAAGCCAAGAAUUUACACCUCGAGAAGCCUGGGGCUUCGUCAAAGGUGGCGCUGCGAGUCAACGACUUGCAGCAAGCUUUUCCCAAAGCCCGUGUUGUCUACUGCUCCGCGACAGGCGUGACAGACCUUCGCAAUCUGGCCUACAUGGACCGCUUGGGCAUGUGGGGUCCAGGCCAAGCUUUUGCCAACUUUGAGGAUUUCAAGCGCGAAAUGUCACAAAAUGGCAUUGCUGCAGCGGAAAUGCUGGCAAUGGAACUCAAAGCGCAAGGCGUCUAUUUGUCUCGGACACUGAGCUACGAAAGUGCCGAGUUCAAUAACUGCGAUAUUAGUCUCACUGAAGCGCAGAUGGACCUCUAUAACCGUGCCGCCGACUUUUGGGGUAGGCUGUACCGAGCAGCGAGCAGGCUUGGCAAGGUGCCGCGUGCCUACUACGCAGCCCACCAGCGCUUUUUCAAGCAGCUAUGCCUUUCGAUUAAAGUCCCGCAAUUGGUGGCUCGUGUGAAGGAGGCGCUGGCCAGCGGAGAUCAUUGUGUUGUCAUUGGCCUGCAAUCGACGGGCGAAGCCCGUUUACAAGCGGCAUUUGCACGCGAGAGUGGCUAUCGAAAUAGCCUGGUGUCCUUGACAGAGGAAAUUGCGCGAGCUUUCAUCGAGAGCACCUUUCCAUGCCCGGGACGAGCGUUUGUGCCCCAUGCCGGACCGCCCACUCUGGGUGCUCAGUUGCUCGAGGAACUCAAAAAUUUGCGGCUACCACCCAGCCCGCUAGAUGACCUGAUUGACCAGUUGGGAGGACCGAGCGCGGUAGCGGAACUGACCGGUCGCAAGCAACGACAGGUUCGAGUGGGUCACACAUCUUCUUUUGUCAUUGAAGAACGAGCGGCAAUAAAUUGCGGACCCAUCGAUCCCACGGAUGGCAUCAACAUUGUCGAGAAAAAUGCCUUUUUGGAUGGUCGCAAGCUGAUUGCCAUCAUUUCUGAUGCUGCCAGCACAGGUCUCAUGUCUCUAGGCAUCUCGCUGCAUGCUGACGUGCGGCGUGAGAAUCAGCACCGCCGUGUGCAUUUCACGUUUGAGCUUCCUUGGUCUGCUGACAAAGCUGUGCAACAGCUUGGUCGGAGUCAUCGGUCCAACCAAGCGUGUGGACCACGCUACGAGCUCAUGUCGACAGAGCUAGCCGGCGAGAGACGAUUUGCAGCGGCCGUGGCCCGUCGCCUUCGUUUCAUGGGCGCUCUGACACGAGGGGAUCGACGGGCCGCCAGUGGCCAAGACAUGGGCAGCUGGGACAUUGAUACCAACUAUGGACGCCUUGCAUUGCGCGAAAUGGGCGGUCUUUUGCAAGAAAAGAAGAAACGAGAAUCAGCCUACAUGGCCAUGACGGUAUCUAGCAUUCUGAGUCUUGAGCGGAUUUUGGAACACGUGCCUGAAGGGCGGCUGCGAGCGCGCGUGUGUCAACUCUUUCCCACCGAUGACGCGCUCUUUCAAGGCUUGAAGGCAAACGCGAGGCGACUGCACAGCUCGCAGGCAUUCAAAUCCGUUUCUGCCUUUUUGAACGGUGUUCUUGGCCUGCCCGUGGAAGGCCAGAAUAUCAUGUUUGGUGCGCUCAUGGUCCUGCACCGCCGAACCAUUGAGCGUGCUAAAGAGGAAGGCAAAUACUCCGAGGGCAUUCACGAGAUUACCGGCGACAAGAUUCAGCUGGUGUCAGAACGAGACAUUACAUCUGAGGUGCAUCACACUGAGCUGACACGCGACCGCGGCAUGUCCUUUGAAGAGGCGCUGGACCGUUUGCAAGCCGCCCCUCCCGGAACUGCGCGUUUUAUGCUACAAUCGCGCGCCACCGGCGGCCAGCGUCGUUGCGUCUUGGUGACGGAAGCUCCAAAGCGCAACCCCCAGCACUCAACGACAUACUAUUUCUUUCGGCCCAACAUUGGCCAAGUCCGCCAUCGCUUUGGGGCACAAGAGCUGCUCUCGUACAAUGCGGUCGAGCCGAGCGCGGUCAAGAGCACCUGGCAGCGCAUUCAUUCAGAAGCUGAGCGGCUGUGCCUCCAUGGCCCUAAAUGCACAAUUCCCAAUUGUUCUUUCGGCAAGCGUCGCCAGCGCUUCCACAUUCUGUCCGGCCGCUUAGUCAAAUACUGGAAAACUUUGAGCGACCAUUUGUCACGACACUCGCGAUACUUGAUCGUGGCCGAGCGCAGCCUGAACAUUGCGAGAUGUUCACUGGGACAGAGAUCCUUUAUCGGCCUGCUGUGGCCUGAUGCCUUGGUUCAGGACCUUCCCAGCCUGUUCGUGCCCGUGGCAGCGCCAGCGCCAAAUCCAACUUCAAGUCUUGUUGAGCGUAGCUUGUUGGGUGACAGGCCGCAACAGCAUCACAAGCAUCCGCGCUUGGAGAGGACCAUACGAUCAGCGCCCGCGCAGCCCCAUGUAGCGCAGCCACGUUGGACACCGUCGACCGCCAGCUACACCAUGCCUUCGCAAGAAGCCUCCGCGGGCAGCCACGUGCCUCUUUUUAGUCGGGCAGCUGCAGGCCCGCCGAUAAAAAUGCAGCGAUCUGCUACAACACCUGCAGCAUCGCGAACAACAGAUUUCAUUGAUCUGACGCUGGACAGCGACGAUGAUAGCGGCAAUGACGAUGGCGCUAAAGUCAGCAGCAUCCCGACCAUGCGUGCGCACCUGCCAGGUCCAAUUUCGACACCAGGUGCGGCUCCGUCUAGCCACCCGGAGUCGAAACCUGAGCUGAAGAGCGCACCGGAUCAAGCCAGUGCCGUCAGGACCUCCACCUCGUCCCCUGAAGUCAUUGUCCUGGAUGAUGAUGAUGACAAUGAUGAUGAUGAUGAUGCUGAUUCGAAAGCUGUCACGGCCCCAUCCCAGCCCUCUCGGCUUGCCCAGCCCGGGCCGGUCUCGCUUCUUGCUGUCCCUGCACCGAUGGGUGGGGCUCACUGUGUAUCCCAAGAGCGAAGCAGUGCCCAGCAACCCGCUACCAGCACGUUGCCGCCUCAGCUUCCAAGGCACCAGAGCUUGGACGUCAAACCAGUUUUGCUUCCAGAGGGCAUUUGGACCGAAAACCAGCAGCUGACGAAUGGACCAACGCCCGAAGCGUCGACGCCUCACGAGCUACCGAUGCCGCCAGACACAGACUCGGAGGCAGAGGCUUCCGAGUGGGAUGAAGCCUCUGAUGCCGAAUCAGACGUGUCGAGUUUGCCGGACGUGUUUGUGUUAAGCUCACGAAGCACUGCCCCAUCACCCAAACGAUCAAAAUGGUCUCAACCCCCCGCUUAG